AUGCCCUCAUCCCUUCGCUUCCACUCCCCUGUCCACCGCAGCGAGAAGGAUGCCGUCGUUCCCAGGACCCCGAAAUCCCCUCGAGGCGCGUAUACAGGUGAUCCUGUCCCCGUGGUGAAACAGUCACACCCACACCUUCGCCGGGCCAUAACUCUGGCUUUCCUGUUGGGGACACUUGCAGCCGCUGUACUCCUCUUCUUUGCACUAGUCCCCCACUAUCGCCUGGGUCUUGAACGGCAAAUCCCGGCGCUCUCGUCGUUUUAUCGGACGACUAGGUCAGGCGGUACACGUCCAAACCAACACGCGACCCCGCCCCCUCCCACGGAAGUAAUCCAAUCUGUCUUCACCGACCAUCCUGCAUUCCAGAUGCAAGGCGCAAAGGGCGAUCGCGCGUGGUUGAACAUGUUUCCGAAGGGCGAUGGGCGCGUGAGGAUGAGAGACCCGGAGAUGAAGAUGGAAAUGCAAAUCUACGACGUCGCGGUCAUCAAGCAGUUGGAUUGCCUGGCCCUCCUCCGCCACAUCCUCAUCGAUUACUCCCACGAACACCAUCCCCUGGCGCGCGAGAAAUCCCGGGCCUUUCACUGUCUGGACCACGUGCGGCAGGCGGUGCUCUGCGCGGCGGACACGACGCUGGAGCCGACCAGUGAGCCUCCCGGUCAAUCACAGCAUUAUGGGAAUGCAGGCACCUCGGGCGAAAAUGUCAAUGCUGGAGCCGCGCAGCUGCAUACUUGUAAGAAUUGGACCGCUGUGAAGAGGUGGGUUGAGGAGAAUGGGACGCAUUAA